AUGGACGAUCACAUCAUCAAGGUACAGACCAUGAAAGGCUCGCCAUAUGCCAAGGCAUUCAUGGACAAGAUCACCUCGUUGGAGUCCUGGCUCCUCCAGACGCAGGAGAUCAUGGAUGUGUGGCAGAAGGUGCAGGGCGUGUGGCUUUACCUUGAGCCCAUCUUCUCCUCGGAGGACAUCGUGAAGCAGAUGCCUACAGAGGCCGGGAUCUUCAAGCAAGUGGACAUGGACUGGCGCACCACCAUGGCUGCUGCUUUAGAGGCUGGUAAGGCCAUGGAGGCCACCAAGGCCCCUGGGCUUCUGGAGCUUCUGCAGAGGUGCAACGCGAAUCUAGACAUCGUCCAGAAGGGCUUGAACGACUACCUCGAGACGAAGCGACUUGCAUUCCCGCGCUUCUUCUUCCUGUCCAACGACAACUUGCUGGAGAUCUUGUCAGAGACAAAAGAUCCCACACGAGUGAAUCCGCACAUGAAGAAGGCGUUCGAGGGAAUCCAGAGUCUGGAGUUUCAGUCCGCAGAUCAGCGCAUCACCGCCAUGAUGUCUUCCGAGAAGGAGUCGGUUCCAUUGGUGGAGUCUGUCGAUCCUCAUGCUGCUCGUGGCAACGUGGAGCUCUGGCUCGUCCAGAUGGAGGCUGCGAUGCUGCAGACCAUUCGGCACGUGUGCCUUUCUUCGGAGAAGGACUACCUGGAGCGAAAGUUUACAGACUGGCUCCGGAACUGGCCCGGACAGGCCGUGAUCGCCAUCUUUUCCCUCUUCUGGACCCGUGAGGUGGAGGAUGGACUCAGGGAGCAUGGCAACGAUGGAAUCCUUCAAGUGGCGGAGAAGCUGAAGGGCACACUGGGUGAAAUCAUCGAUUUGGUGCGGAAUGACAUCCCGGCGCUGACGCGAUGCACUCUGGAAGCCCUCAUUGUGAUCUUCGUGCACAACAAGGACACGGUUGAGGAGCUUUGCAAGAUGGGAACCAGCAUGGUGGAUGACUUCGACUGGCUGGUGCAGUUGAGAUACUACAUCGAGGACAACCCAGAGAAACCGGAACAACAGGACCUGUUCGUGCGCAUCACAAACAGCCACCUUGGGUACGCCUACGAGUACUUGGGCAACUCCUCGCGCCUCAUCGUGACACCGCUGACGGACCGAUGCUAUCGAACAUGCUGCGGGGCCCUUCACCUUCUCUACGGUGCCGCUCCCGAGGGCCCAGCCGGCACGGGCAAGACUGAAACUGUCAAGGAUCUUGCGAAGGCCCUUGCCCGCUUUUGCGUGGUAUUCAACUGCUCCGAUGAGCUGGACUACCUCGCGAUGGCCAAGUUCUUCAAAGGCCUGGCAGCGUCCGGCGGAUGGGCGUGCUUCGAUGAGUUUAACCGAAUCGAUGCAGAGGUGCUCAGCGUCAUCGCGCAGCAGAUCCUGUGCAUUCAGAAUGCCAUCCGGGAGAAGAAGACACAUUUCGAGUUCGAGGGGACGGAGCUGCCAAUUAUCUGGACGUGCAAUUGUUUCAUCACUAUGAAUCCGGGCUAUGCGGGCCGAGCAGAAUUGCCUGACAAUUUGAAGGCCCUCUUCCGGACCGUGGCGAUGAUGGUCCCUGAUUACGCGAUGAUCGCGGAGAUCAAGCUCUAUUCCUAUGGGUACGAGGACUCGCGAUCUUUGGCGCAGAAGAUUGUCACCACCUACAAGCUUUGCUCUGAGCAGCUCUCGUCACAGAAGCACUACGACUACGGGAUGCGCGCCGUUUUCGCUGUGCUGGUCCAGGCCGGUAGGCUGAAGCGGAAUAAUCCGGGGCAGACCAACGAGAGUGUGCUUAUGUUACAGUCUGUCAACGACGUCAACCUUGCCAAGUUCCUGGACUUCGAUGUCCCACUUUACAACGGCAUCACCCGAGACCUGUUCCCGGGCGUGGAUCUCCCGAAGCCUGACUACUCCAUGAUGGUCGGCAAACUCACUCAGAACCUGGACAGCACGCACUGCCAGGCCCAUCCGUACUUCAUCGACAAGAUUAUCCAGUUCUACGAGUGCCACCUUGUCAGGCAUAGCGUGAUGCUGGUGGGGAUGCCCUUCAGCGGCAAGACGACUGCGCUCAACACGCUGCAGAAGGCUCUGACGCAGUUGGCACAGGAGGGCCUCAUGCAUGCUGGGUGCGCCGUGCACCAGGCCCGGCUCAAUCCGAAGUCCAUUCCUGCCCGCGAUCUCUAUGGUUGCUUCGAGGAGGUGUCACGCGAGUGGGUGGAUGGCAUUGUGGCAGUCCUGUUCCGCGAGUUCGCGAGAAAUCAGACAGAGGAGAGGAAGUGGCUGGUGUUUGACGGCCCAGUUGAUGCCGUUUGGAUCGAAAACAUGAACACUGUCAUGGACGAGAACAAGAAGCUUUGCCUCAACAGCGGCGAGAUCAUUGCCAUGUCCCCGAACAUGCGCACAAUCAUCGAGCCCAUGGAUGUGGAAGUGGCGUCUCCCGCAACAAUCUCUCGCAAUGGCAUGGUCUUCUUCGAACCUCACCUUAUGGGCUAUCAGCAUCUCAUCGACAAGAUGAUCAAGGGCUCAUUGCCACAGGAGAUGGACGAGGCUGAGCGUACGGCCCUGUCCAGCAUGGUUGAUUUCCUGGUACCGCCCUUGGUGUCGCACGUGCAGAAGCAGUGCAAAACGGUGUCGCCUGUCCAAGAGCAAAACUUGGUCCAAAGUUUCCUUGUCCUUCUCACGACGCACCUCGAAAGCGGAUACAAGGAUCCAAGCAUGAGCCGCGAUGCCGUUGACGGCAAAGCCAUCGUGGCCAUGGUCGACUGUUAUGCAAUUUGGUGCGCGAUCUGGUCCUUCGGUGCAGUUUGCGAGACAAACAGCCGAUCCUCCUUCAGCCAGUUCUUGCGCAAGUUGCUGACGGGGCAGGUGGACAUGCACAAGCCGCACAAGAAGUUGCAGCCAAACCUCCCAGACCGGGGCUCUGUCUUCGACUAUGUGGUGGACCUGAAGCAGCCAGGCUGGACCACCUGGAUGGACACAGUGGAUGCCCAGACCAUCCCAAACUCAGCCCAGGUUCAGAACAUCAUCGUGCAAACGGUGGACAACGUGCGUUACCGCUACAUCCUCGAGCACUGCAUCCGACAUCGGAUCAAACUGCUCUUCUGCGGUCCCACGGGAACAGGCAAGACUGUGUACAUGCAGCAGGCACUGAUGGCCAUGCCCAAAGAGACGCGCCGGGCCAAGCUUUGCCAGGCAUAG